GAAAUGUCACAGUCACGUUGGUGGUUGAAACUUUGGAAGAGUCCUCAAGCCCUUCUGUUUAAAUUCCUCCUCUGGAGAUGACUUUUAUGACCUGCCCUUUCUGUGCCCGUACCUGAAAGGUGCGUUCAGAAGCUGACAUUUCCAUGGUGUUUAACCCCCUCGUGUCCUCUCCUUUACGGCGUCUCCUGAGGCAGGACUGCAGCGUGGAGCAGGGAGCAGUUGGACUGUCAGCACAGCUGGCUGUGCCCUCCCUCUCAUGGCGCCUCCAGUUCCCCAGGCUUGCCAAGGACUUCAACUUGACAAAUGAAAAAGAUGCCCACUCCAGCGACAGCGAUGAGAACGCAGAGCGCGGGAACUGGUCCAACAAGGGCGAUUACCUGCUGUCCAUGGUGGGCUACGCCGUGGGCCUGGGCAACGUCUGGCGCUUUCCCUACCUCACCUACCAGAAUGGAGGAGGUGCUUUUCUAAUCCCCUAUACCCUGAUGUUGGCAUUAGCUGGCUUGCCCUUAUUUUUCAUGGAAUGCUCCCUUGGGCAGUUUGCCAGUCUAGGGCCAGUUUCCGUCUGGAGAAUACUGCCAUUGUUUCAAGGAGUGGGCAUCACAAUGGUUAUCAUCUCAGCAUUUGUGACUGUCUACUACAACGUUAUCAUUGCUUAUGCACUUUACUACUUAUUUGCCUCAUUUCAAAAAGUGCUGCCAUGGUCAGACUGCUUUUCCUGGGCAGAUGAAUUCUGCAGCAAGACACGAAUAGUAAAUGACUGCAAUGCAACCUUGGGUGGGGAAAUAAUUCGUGCAAACUUCUCAGUCAUCACGAGCCACAAUCUCACGUGUAUAAAUGGCACCAUAAAUUACAAACCAGUGCAAUUUCCCAGUGAGCAAUACUGGAACAAAGUGGCUCUGCAGCGCUCGAGUGGGCUGGACGAGACCGGCAGGAUCGUGUGGUACCUGGCUCUCUGCCUCCUCCUGUCCUGGAUCAUUGUUGCAGCUGCCCUGUUUAAAGGAAUAAAAUCUUCUGGAAAGGUUGUCUACUUCACUGCCCUCUUCCCAUACGUCAUCCUGCUCAUCCUGCUGGUGCGAGGUGCCACCCUGGAAGGUGCUUUGGAUGGCAUUGAAUACUACAUUGGGCGCCAGUCCAACAUCACCAAGCUGAUGGAGGCAGAGGUUUGGAAAGAUGCUGCCACCCAGAUAUUUUACUCCCUGUCCGUGGCAUGGGGUGGGCUUGUUGCUUUGUCUUCAUACAACAAGUUCCACAACAACUGCUACUCAGAUGCCAUUCUAGUUUGUGUGACCAACUGUGUCACCAGCGUAUUUGCUGGGUUUGCAAUAUUCUCCAUCCUGGGGCAUAUGGCAUUUGUGUCCGAGAGACCCGUGUCAGAGGUCGUGGACUCAGGAUUUGACCUGGCCUUUGUAGCCUACCCAGAGGCUCUCUCCAAGUUACCAGUGUCUCCUCUGUGGUCCUUCUUGUUUUUCUUCAUGCUCCUGCUUUUGGGUCUUGACUCGCAGUUUGCCAGCAUAGAAACACUUACAACCACCAUUCAAGAUAUAAGUCCCAAAGUGAUGAAAAAAUUAAGAGUGCCUGUAACCCUGGGUCUGUGUGCAGUGCUCUUUCUUCUUGGGCUUAUCUGUGUUACUCAGGCAGGAAUUUACUGGGUUAACCUAAUAGAUCACUUCUGUGCUGGAUGGGGAAUCCUUAUUUCAGCUGUCCUGGAGAUUAUAGGCAUCAUCUACAUUUAUGGAGGAAACAGGUUCAUUGAAGACAUUGAAAUGAUGAUUGGAAAGAAGAGCUGUAUGUUCUGGAUGUGGUGGAGAGUAUGCUGGUUUUUCGUCACUCCUGCGCUGUUAAUGGCCAUUUUGAUUUGGUCUUUGAUCACAUUUUCACGUCCCACUUAUGGCUCAGUGUCUUAUCCAAACUGGGGAACCGCUGUUGGCUGGUGCAUGAUCAUCUUCUGCGUCAUCUGGAUUCCCAUUGUUGCUAUUGUAAAAAUACUUAAAGCUGAAGGAAGCCUUGUUGAGCGCAUUGUCAGCUGCUGCCGGCCUGCUGCAAACUGGGGCCCCUACCUGGAGCGGCACCGAGGAGAGCGAUACAGCCACGUUGUGGAUUCCAAGAAAAGGCAGCACGAGAUCCCCACUGUGUCUGGUCUUAUAUACAAGGAGCAAUGUAUAUGAUGUGUUUAAUGGCUGUUUGGAUGACUGUUUUUUAGCACAUAUGUGGGUUUUGUCUUUUUAUAUUGGAAAGGGACUAGGCAAAAAAAAAAAAGAAAAAACAAAGGCAAAUCAGCACCCCUGCCCUUUAAAAUCCAGCCCCCAAAUGAAAGUAAGUUGUAUUAUUUAUUUUUAGUGCUUUAGUCUUUAGGGAGGAACACAUCAAUUAGGCACUGAGAUCUCACCAGAUAUGCAGUUUGAGAGGGCAGGAUAAUACACUGCAGGCUCCCAGGCUGCUGGACUGGGCACGCUUAACCCAUCCAACUGGUAUCCAGCUGGACUGCAGAUACGGGUGUGGAGGAGAGUAAAGUUAUUCUGGUGCUCCCCAGCUGGAGCCCACAGGUGCUCUGUGUGUGUGUGUGUGUGUGUCCUGAGCUGCAGCUGCUGCCUUCUGUGCUCUGCCACCCCAGGGGUGUGCAGCCAGCAGAGGGGAAUGGGUGUGCUGUGCCUGGCACUGGAGCUCAGGGAACAGGAGGAAUUCUUCUCUGUCUAAGCCUUGCUCAGUGUGCUGGGAGGCUGCUCAGGAUUUGAUGUUGAGUAUGCUCUGUGUGUGUAUGUGUGUUGUCUAAACAAAUAUAAAUAUUGAGUGGCAAAACAUUGCCAUCAUAGGAAAUAAGGCUUAAACAUUUGAAAGCAGGCUGCUUUCUGUUUCUCAUUAUUCCCCUUGGGAUUCCUAAAGAGCUAUCUUCUCUGUCAUGCCCGUGCUCAGUGCUCAUCUGUCAUCAAUUCAAAAACCUCAUGUUUCCAUAUUCUGUCAUUAGGCUCUGCAGAAUGAAAGAGUAACCAUUGAAUCCUGGUUUGUCUGCUCUCCUGUUUUCAUCAAUGCUUUGCCUAUCAGGUUGUUUUCUGCUUCUUUCACUGAGAUUUGGGUUUUCCCUUCCAAAGGAACCCAAAGUGCUUUUUUCAAAGAUUCAAACAGUGUUAUGAUAGGGCCAAAAGAAGCAGAACUUUACUUAAAGUGAAG